UUCUUCUUCUUCUUCUUCGCCACCACCACCAUCAUCACCGCCACCACUGCCACCAGCAUCGUCUCACCACCACUCGCCAGCGAACACCACGUCCACUCCACCUCCUUUGCUAUUCUUCCAGCUCGAUGAAGUAACGCGGCGGGUACGUGCACGCGUCUCUUCCGGAACUCGAGCGGUCCGUUUCUGUGUGUUCCCGGGUCCAAAUUCACCGGGUCGUGUGUCAAUCAUCGAAAGCGAGAGAAACGUCGCGAUGCCGAGGAACUGUUCGAUAAGGAUCGAUCGACGUGUCCGUUUGGAAGCAGAGGAGCCAGUGCAGGUGACACCGGAGGAUUCUUCGAAUCGUCAAAAUUGAAAUGUACGAGAUCUCGGGACCUGAUUGGAGGAUAGAUACGAUCUUACGAGGAAUUAAAAUGUCCACGAGGAAUGGGGACCAAGAACUGGAACGAAGCUGUAAUUCGAGAAGGAUAGUGGUGUCUUGUUUGCACGUGGUCACCUUGACCAGGAACGCCGAGUACCACGUGGACACCUCUUCGUGAACCUCCUGAACGGUUCGUCAACGAUACCUCUUCGGACCUUCGAUUCUCACGCAUCUUUGCCGAAGCACAAUUCGGGAAGAGAACUGUUCUUUCGGAUAUUUCGUUCUCAACUUUUUCCCGCUCCGAUUGAAGUGUCACAGAUGUCCCAAUCUCGAUCGCGUCAUGGGAGGUUCUUCGUGGUCAGCUCGCAUUUGUCAACGCGCAAUCAGAGCUAGUGGGAACACGUGUUAAAUUGAUGCAACUUCUUUCGUUGUUGGCACCAUCUUCGAUUUGUCACACGUGCUUUUCUUCGCGCCCUAGCUGUUCGCGGCCUCUGUGAACCGUGAUGGAUUAACGGUCCGGAACCGGGGAAAAAAGCCGAGGGAACGUCGGUCGAGGAAGAACGGUUCCGAUGUUCCGCGCUUUGUUUCAGCAAACAAUGGAAAACGCCGAUUAAUCCGGCUAUCCCGCCUCGACGUAAUUGUGAUUGUUAAACGUUCGCCGUUUAUGAACGGGAGUGGUUGAAGUGAUGCAGGUGUUGAGUUUUCAUGAGAACUGUGAUCGUAACAUCGUUAUGCGAUGUCGGUGAUUUCAAUGCCAGACGUGUGCCGAACAUUGUGACCGUGUUGUUGUGUUAGACUACAGCGUGGGACCGAAAACAACAGCGGAUAUAGCGUUUGGAUUAAUCGUCGAUAAACUGACAGCACCGUGAGAGAACCUGUUGUGUCCCGAAGAACGAUGGCGAGGAAGUGUGUCAAGCGUAAACGAUAUCCCGGUACGAAGGAAACACCGUUGGAAAGUCAGUUCUGGACGCGAUCGCCUACAAGAACAUCGAUCCGCCACCAAAGUCGGCCGAAAGAAACCGAUCGUCGCCCGUAUCGAUCGAUUUCAACGAUAUCACCCUUCAUACUCGAUUAAUUCGAGCGUCGAACUCCCGGGAACAACAUCAAACGACAUCUCGUCCAAACAACCCAUCCAUCAACGUUCUAAUAAAUCACGAAAGGAUAUUCGGUCAAUUAAUUCAGGAUGGAAGAGAUCGAAGGUCGGAGAUUUAAGGAGAUAGAACUUGAUUAAGACUUUGCCUGACUGUAAUUGCAUCGAAGAAUGAAGUGGUAGCAGAAAAUUAACGGGAGAAGAUAUCCCGAAGAGGGCUGGAAGUAUCCUGGCCUAUUAGAAACGCUUUUCCGUGGCAAAAGGGGCCGGGAUUAAUAUGUGCUUUGGACGAGUGCCGCGAGCUGGAAGUUGCGAGAGCGGCGAGAACUCCGACGACAGCUGUCGAAAGGAAGACGAAGGGAUAGUGGAGGAGCCGUGGAGAAUCUAUCCCGCGGGAAUGGGUAUGCUUCUGCCCGACGAGACGUACGAGGAACGUUCCUCGUCCUCGAGACGAAGCUCUUGCCCUAAUGUUCUCGCGGACAUCGACGAGGUCGAGGCAGCCAAGGCUUUGGCCGCGUUCAGAAAGUGCGACGAGUUCCUCAAGAGGCACGGGAUCAGGCCCGAGUUCUUCUGCAGGCACAGGGAACGUCUCGCGCUGCAGACUUGGCUCUUGCAGAGAUCCAAACUAUCUUCCGAUGCCUCGUCGUCGAACGAAGCGGUGCACCUACAGCAGCGUCUGAGGAGCCUGAGCACGGAACUGGUGACCCUGAGGAACCGGCUGCACGUGAACCAGCCGCCGAACAAUUCAGGGCCGAACGUAGCCGCGUCCGCGCCCCUUUCGAAGAGCCCGGAAAAAGGUGUCGUGCCCUCGUCCCCUGCGCCCGCUGUGCCCCCAAGGACAACGUUACCGCUGGCUGGCACGUUACCCCAUGGCCUCGGUCAUCCUUCGGGACACACGUUGACGGCGUCCGCGAUCGUUCAUCCGCACGUCAAUCACGCCGGCGCGAACACGCUCGGCCACAACUCGACCGCAGCUAAUAAUUUAAUAUCCGAUCUAGAUUCCCCAAAGCGUCAUAAUGGAAUACCGGACGACGGUAUAGUGUCCUGUGUGACAGCACUCGGAUGUCUACGUUCGCCACCUAUUUCCAGCAUCAUCGCCGACGUAAAGAACGCGAAGAGCAAUCAGGGUCAGCAUCGAUGUCUCGCAAAAGGCACCACAGCAUCCUCAGGGCCUGUAACCUCAACGGCCUUGGACGACCUAAUUCACUUACCUGGACCUCUCACGGAAGAUGCGGUGCUCAAAUGUUUGCAGGCUCGGUUUUGUGCAAAACAGUAUCACACGAACGUGGGCCCCAUACUGGUCUGUAUCAAUCCUUAUACGGACGUCGGGAAUCCGUUGACCUUAACGAGCACCAGGACCGUACCAUUGGCGCCCCAGUUGAACAAAGUCGUUCAGGAAGCCGUGCGACAGCAAUCGGAAACUGGUUAUCCCCAAGCCAUAAUCCUAUCUGGGACCAGCGGUUCGGGAAAAACGUACGCCUCGAUGCUGUUACUCAGGCAAUUGUUCGACGUUGCUGGAGGUGGUCCAGAAACGGACGCCUUCAAACACUUGGCCGCAGCUUUCACGGUUCUCAGGUCUCUAGGAUCCGCCAAGACGGCCACCAACUCCGAGAGUUCUAGGAUAGGUCACUUUAUCGAGGUUCAGGUUACGGACGGCGCUUUGUACAGGACGAAGAUACACUGUUACUUCUUGGACCAAACGAGGGUCAUUAGGCCCCUGCCCGACGAGAAGAAUUAUCAUAUAUUUUAUCAGAUGUUGGCUGGACUGUCGCACGAGGAAAGAGUUAAACUAAACCUGGAGAGUUAUAACCUGAAAAACCUGAGGUACCUGCAGCACGGCGACACCAGGCAAGACGAGGCCGAGGACGCCGUCCGGUUUCAAGCCUGGAAAGCCUGUUUAGGGGUGCUAGGUAUACCCUUCUUGGACGUGGUCCGAGUCCUGGCGGCGGUGCUGAUCCUCGGGAACGUGGGAUUCGCGGACAGGCCCGGUGUGGAGGUCGGUGUGAUCGGAGAGAGCGAAUUAUCCUCUGUGGCAGCCUUACUUGGAGUGCCGCCUCCUGCCCUGUUAAGGGGACUCACAUCCAGGACGCACAACGCUCGUGGCCAACUGGUCAAGUCGGUCUGCGACGCGAAUAUGUCUAACAUGACCAGGGACUCACUGGCGAAGGCACUGUACUGCCGCACGGUGGCCACCAUCGUCAGGAGAGCCAACAGCCUCAAGAGAUUAGGCUCCACGCUCGGUACCUUGUCCUCGGACUCCAACGAGUCCGUUCACAAUCAGGCCGAGGUGACUAGUCAGCAUGCGUCCACCAUCGGUAGCUCUGCAGGUGGCACCGGUUCCAGAAGCAUGACCGCGCUGAACAACGCGGUCAGACACGCGACAGACGGGUUCAUCGGGAUCCUGGACAUGUUCGGCUUCGAGGAUCCGAAACCAAGCCAGCUGGAGCACCUGUGUAUCAAUCUGUGCGCCGAGACGAUGCAACACUUCUACAACACCCACAUAUUCAAGAGCUCGAUCGAGAGCUGCCGGGACGAGGGGAUACGCUGCGACGUGGAGGUCGACUACGUAGACAACGUGCCGUGUAUCGAUCUCAUCUCUUCUCUGCGUACGGGCUUGUUGAGCAUGCUGGACGUCGAGUGCUCGAUACGGGGCACCGCCGAAAGCUACGUCGCCAAGGUCAAGGUUCAGCAUAAACAAAACCCGAGACUGUUCGAACCCAGGACUGUGGACUGCAGGUCGUUUGGGAUACAGCAUUUUGCUGGCAGGGUCAUUUAUGAUGCCUCUGACUUUUUGGAUACGAACAAAGACGUGGUACCUGACGACCUGGUAGCGGUGUUCUACAAACAUACUUGCAGCUUCGGUUUCGCGACUCAUCUCUUCGGCAGCGAAUUGAAAGCCCUUUAUGCGAGUGACACGGUACCCAGGGGUGUCAGCUUCAGGAUAUCACCAACUUCACAUACGGAUCUUUUGAACGGUGACGAGCCCAUUUCCACGUUGACGCAGGAUUUCCACACGAGGCUGGAUAAUCUCCUGAGAACUCUGGUCCAUGCGAGACCCCACUUUGUCAGGUGCAUUAGGAGCAACGGCACUGAAACACCGCUCCAUCUAGACAGGGCCGUGACUAUGCGUCAGAUACGAUCGCUUCAAGUUCUGGAGACAGUGAAUCUAAUGGCCGGUGGAUAUCCACAUCGAAUGCGUUUCAAAGCGUUUAACGCGAGGUACAGGCUAAUCGCGCCAUUCAAGCAGCUCCGUCGAGCGGAGGAGCAAGCUGUGGAGGAUACGAAGCUUAUCCUGCAAAACGCUCAACAAUUGAAGAGCAAAUUUGGCGCGAGUACCAGCUGGGCUCUUGGCAAAAGGCACAUCUUCUUGAGCGAGGGCAUUAGGCAACAGCUUGAGAAUCUGCGCUCCGAAACGCGCAGGAAAGCGGCAACCGUGAUACAGGCGACGUGGAGAGGUUGGCGAGUACGAAGAAGGUGGCCUUUGAGGAAGACCACGAUAGGCGUGACUUCCGGAAUCGGUCAAAAGAAGCCGCAACAGCCGACAUCGACCAACACAGGAACCGUUCAAAGGAACGUUACUGCUGGUACAGCUACCGGAACCGGAACUCGACCCAGGCCACAGCCAAUCGCUGGCACGCCACCACCUGAUCCUUCGGAGAAGUGCGCCGAUCAGAAGAUGAUCCAACAGACGUGUAGCCUCUUUGGGCUGGAUUUGGAGCGACCACCCCCAGUUCCGCCCAGCAGGUCUUACACCGUGACCGGAAACACGAAGUUGGGUUACCCGCAGACGAGAAUCAUGAAGAUGCCAUUUCCAGAAGAGGGUGAAGGUGAGGUAGUUCUGCUUAAAGGUGAGACAGUUCUGGUGGUAGGUGCGUCACCCAGACGAGGUCACCUCCUGGUGGAGCACAACAACACUACUCUACACGUGCCUUAUCAGUUCAUGGAACUGAAACCUUGUAAUAUCAACGUUUAAACGUUAUUUAUUUAGUACCAUUUCGUUGAUCAACCGACGCCAUUGUGCAACCCGAAACGUAAACGAAAUUGUUAGAUACACGUGGUCUCGGAUGAGCGACUCGUGAAAGAAACUGCUCCCCUUCAGAAUGUACGAUCUCUUUGAAAAUGAAAUAGAAAUCACAGCGGCGUAAUGACCGUCGUACGCGUCGGUUCUAAUUUAAAAGAAGUAGAGUCGGAUUCGCCCCUUUGUUACUUUUCUUCAACGUCCAACAGUAAUCCGCCAUUAUGCUGGCAUUCUAUCUACUCUAAUAUAUCCUCUUCACUUCUGUGCGGUCUCCUUUGUGAAUCAUCCCCCGCGCAAAAAAGACACCGACGGAAAACAAACGAGCUUUUUGAUCAUUUGACGGACUGUAUACUCGUAGGAUUAACAUUAUCUUAGCAUUAACGCAGAUCCUACGUCUCAUAAUUCCUAUAUUCCACGAAACCUUAAAAAGUGUCAAAACUUUAGGCUUGAAAAUUGUGUAUAAAGUUUGCAGAAAGCACCAGAAUUCCCAGCUAUACAAAAUUUCUUUAGAUCUCCAGAUAAUUUAGGCUCCAAAGUCCCUGUUCCGAGAGCCAACAGUUUAAAAGUCGUCAAAUUCCAAAAAUACAAAGAUUGCAGAUAAUUUUAUAAAUAAAUCAAUAAACUCUUCAUUGAUGAAUCUUUAUAAAAUUAUAAAAAGUCUCGAAAAUCGCAAAAUUAAUUUAAAACACAUGCAAUGAAAAGUGUAUCGGCGUCGGUUGAGCAACGAAAAAUGGUGGACUGGCGGCCACGAACAGGAUUAAGUAGCUUAAACCCGUCGAGCUCCUGCAGCAGGACAUUCAACUUUGUCCUUUAAUUAAUUACACCGGCCGUUAAGCGAAUUUAACGCGGAAGUCACUACACAGGUGCUUAUCACAGCUUCGCCGUCGACGUUCUCCUUCUUCUCCGCAGCACCACACCUCCCGCGAGUCACGUUCGUCUUCCAUGUAGAUAAGUACACGCACGUCGACGUGCAUCCUCGAAUUAGUAAGCAUGUUAGCCGUUAAAUAGCUUCGAGCCUGGUGCUGACUCGAGAGAGAGAAACGUACAACCGAUCCCUCUAUGCAUAGAUUUCGUUGUCGCGACCACCAUGUUUCUUCCACCCCCUGCUGGUUUAUCUUCGAGUCUCCGCGAGAUUAAUCCUUCGUUGCAUCUUCUACUAUCUAUUUUUUUUACUCACGACAGCAAAGUGUUACUACCUUUUAACGUAUGAUUAUUGGUAAAUAUUUCUGUGGAUAGAAAUUAAUUUUUCUUCGUCAUUUUUAAUAGUCAGGAGAGAUGUUAAAACAAUUUAGUAACAUACUGUUGUGGAGAAGAAUUUUCGAAUGAUAUUGACUUUUGUAUUUUGUGAGAGUUAAAAGAUUUUUUUUUGUAUAAAUAAUUGAAUUUUUGUAGAUCAUAUUCUGUGACAAAAGUUGUGUAAUUCAAAAUGAAAGAUAUGAAACUAUGUCUACAACAAAAAUUGAUAUUCUUCGAAAACUUUUCGCAAUUGUAAUUAGCAAUUGUACCAAAAAUGCAAUGAAGGAUUAAUUCAUAUAAUUUUUCAUUUCUCAGAAUUUCCAAACCAAAGUGUUUUAUUCGAUCAAAAUUUUGAUGGCAGACGUUUCUGUGCUUUCUGAAAAUUUUAGUCGACAUUAUUAUUGUUAAAACAUAUUUUAUUCUUCAGAAAUAGAAAUUGAAACUGUUCUGAGUUCACCAAAAUAAUUAAACCUCUUUAAUGUUUGAUUUCAUUGUACUGCACAUAAUUUAAAAUGGUCAGUUUUGGUCCAUAAAAAUUAUUUGUAGUAACGAGUAUAUUUUGUGAGAAACAAAGCAACGCGGAAAUUCAAGCAGCAUCGAUGAGGGCCAAUUUCAAGGGUGACUUUGCUGUGUCUAAGAAGAAAAUUGUAGAAAGUAAGAUGGAGAGGGUCCUCUUUGAAAGAGUACUCUUGGGAACCAUUUGGAGAAGCGUCCCCGUGACGGGGAAGCUCCAAGUAGCUGAGGGUUAGAGGAUAUUUACCAACAGUAUUCCUUCGUCAAUCUUUGAAUUCUUAGUGCCAAUUUCUAGAAAGAAAUCUGCCGCUACGUCACCGUGUAGGAUGUUCGAAUUUUUUCGAGUUUAAAUUAACUCUGUGCUUGGAAAAAUUUUUGAAACCUUUUAAUUAAAAAAUUUUAAUUCUUUUGAAAUCACAAUCUCUCUGUUAUUAAUUACCAGUACACUCUUAUCAUACGCGUUAAUAAAUAAUAAAUUCUGUAGCACUGUAACACUGUAGAUUUAAUUAAAAAGUACUGAUUUUAAUUUGUUAUAUUAAACCAAAGUGUCGAAAGCAAAGAAACUUGUAUUAAAAGAAAUAUUUUUCAGCCUUGUUGCGACAGAAAAAUUCUUGCAAACACCUAGAAGUACCUUUCUUGCUGCGUCUAACAUCUUUUAACACAAAAAAUAUUAUAAUAAAUUAGUAAACUUAGAAAAGUGGAUGAUUUGAACGUCGAAGAUUCGAACAUCUUGAACGGUGUGUUUGUACAUGUAUAAUAUUAAGGCUUCGUUCAUAAGACAACUCGAUAAGUAUAAAGGAUAGGUCUACUAGAUAUUAUUCUAUCAUUAUCGCGAAUAAUCAUAACGCAACAGUUCUAACAUUGAAUCGGGAAAGGUAGAGAUACGAGCGCUUUGUAGAUACAACGAAAACUCGUUCAGUUAGAAACGAUAAGCGUCCAUUGAGAGAACCAGUUCGCCCUAGAAACUCUCUCGAGCAACAUCUCGAGGGUUUGUACAUACGAGUAUGUAUGACGAUGUUACGUAGUUUACAGAUACCGUAGCCCGAAGUACGAGUGUAGCUAUAAGUGCGUCGAGAUAUUUUUGAAUAAAAUGUA